AUGGCUUGGAUUCUGCUAGCUGUUGCAUUGGUUGGUGUAGCUCUUCUCUGGAGAUCAUGGCUGCAUAGAGGUCCCAACCAAUUGCCGCCGGGUCCUAGGGGGUUUCCAAUUUUGGGUAGCCUUCAUUUGUUGGGAAAGCUUCCUCAUAGAGACCUUCGAGCCUUAUCUCAAAAAUAUGGGUCCAUUAUGUACAUGAGGCUCGGCCUUGUGUCCACCAUCGUUGUCUCUUCUCCUCAAGCUGCCGAGCUCUUCCUCAAAACCUACGACUCAGUGUUCGCUAGUCGCCCAUUUCUUCUGGCUUCUAAGUAUAUAUCAUACGGUCAAAAGAAUUUGGGGUUUGCUCCGUAUGGCUCAUAUUGGCGUAAUAUGCGUAAAAUGUGCACCCUUGAAUUGCUAAGCAAUGUCAAAGUCAACUCUUUUAGAUCAAUGAGAAGGGAAGAGCUUGGUUUGUUGGUUGACUAUCUUCGAGAUGCUGCAAAGAAUCGUGCCGUUGUGAAUCUUAGCUCCAAAGUUUGUGGUGUCAUCACGGAUAUGACAUGUCUGAUGGUGUUUGGAAAGAAAUAUGCUGACCAAGAGUUCGAUGAGAGGGGUUUCAAGUCUGUGAUACAAGAGGGGUUGCAGUUAGUAGCUACUCCUAACAUGGGAGAUUUUAUUCCUCAAAUUGCAGCACUUGAUCUUCAAGGGUUGGACCGCCGCUCAAAAGCUGUUAGUAAGAUAUUUGAUGGGUUCCUUGAGAAGAUUAUUGACGACCAUCUUGAAUCCAAGCAUGAAAAUAAGACCAAAGAUUUUGUGGAUGUCAUGUUGGACAUCAUGAACUCCCAACAAACUGAGUAUCAGAUCCAACGGUCUAACGUUAAAGCUAUACUUAUUGAUAUGCUAGUUGCCGGAAUGGACACUUCAGCCACUACCAUCGGAUGGGCGAUACCCGAGCUCAUCAGGCAUCCACAUGUGAUGAAGAAAAUGCAAGAUGAAUUAGAAAAGGUGGUGGGUUUUGAUAAGAAGGUUGAAGAAUCCGACUUGGAUCAAUUAGAAUACUUGGACAUGGUUGUUAAGGAAAUUCUCAGGCUACAUCCACCCGCUCCAAUAUUAGUUCCGCACGAGUCUCUUGAAGACUGCGUUGUUAAUGGCUUCCAUAUUCCGAAGAAAUCACGCAUAAUAGUGAAUGGAUGGGCAAUCGGAAGAGACCCUAACAUUUGGAUUGAACCAGAGAAAUUCUUUCCCGAAAGGUUUAUGGGUAGUCAACUAGAUGUGAAAGGGAGAGAUUUUCAAUUGAUUCCUUUCGGAUCGGGUCGAAGAGGUUGUCCUGGAAUGCAACUAGGUCUAACAAUGGUUCGUUUGGUGGUAGCUCAACUUGUGCAUUGUUUUGAUUGGGAGCUUCCAAACAUGUUACCUAUGGAAUUGGAUAUGACAGAAGAAUUUGGAUUAACUUGUCCGAGGGCCGAAGAUCUUAUGGUUACUCCUAUUUAUCGCCUAAACAACUAACAAGCUAUAUAAUUAUACAUAACUUAUUCGAAUAACUAAGUUGGUUAUGAUGUUAUCAGCCUAUACAUGUCGAAAGAGCACAGCUUUCGUUGGGUCACAAUCAAUGUGUCAAAAGAAAACUUUUGUGUAUUUGAUCAAGAGUCAUAACUCAUAACCCUUUGUGUAUUUGGUGGGGCAUAAGUCAUCAUUGUACGAAGACAUGUUACGUGUGCCAAUAAACAAGUUGGGUAAGUGAAUACAAACCGUGUUGGGAUCCACCAUUGUA